AUGCGGCCUGCAACACUCUCGUUGUCUCUUCUUCCGCCUCACCACCUACAGUACAUUACUUGUCUCAACUGCCCACUCUCUCCUCCACGCUUCCCUCCAUACCUCUCUCACUCGAGUACGCUCAGCGCAUACUCUCCUUCGCUGUCGGCUAUCCGAGGAACCCUCGUCAACAAGUUCGCCGACGCCACCAAGAAGCCUGCCACCCGCCGCCCCAACCUCCGGACGCGCGCCACCACCGGUGUCGGCGCUGGGAGCAGCGCCGUCGGUGCCCUUUUGUUCGACGGUUACCUCCCCCACGCUGCCGAAGCUAUCGUCGAAGGAAGCCCUGUCACCAUGCGUGCGGUGAGCAAGGCCUCCCGCGACCACGCCGCGACCGUCUCCCCCAGCCACCUCGUCAUCCGUUUCACCACGAACGACGGCUGGGGCCCCGUCCCCGCCACGGAGAGUUGCCACGCUCUCGAGCUCACGACGCCGGGCUACACGAUGACGGCGCGCUACCCAGACGCCGUGUACGACGAGAGCAACGACCUUGCUCCGGCGGCGUGGGACGAGUUGGGGCGCGAGUGGGAGGUCGUCGCGCGCACCUGGGAGCGCUUCCUGCUCAAGGCCGAGGUGGUCGACAUCGUCGGAGACGUCUGGAACCUCGAGGAGCGCAACCCCGGGCUUUACCCCGUCCUCCAAGGCCUGCACGCGCACAGCACGCCCUGGACCAUGCCACUCGACCUCAUCCGCCUCAUCCCCGACGCGUCCGGCAGCAUGCCCAGGGAGGCCCUCAUCCCCGCCGCGGGGAACGUUGUCGUGUUUGCCGGCCACGUCAAGCGCGGCUUCUUCGGAUCCAGCGUAGUCCAGAGGAUCCACCUCGCGCAGGCGGCCCACGUCACGACCGUGGUGAGCUUCCACCCCGUCCACCCCAAGGCGCCAGUGACGCUGCCAAUCCUGGACUACAACCCGUCCGGGACGAGCGGCGAGACGGCGUGCCGACCCCGCUCAAUGGACCGUCGCUACGGGGCGCUCAAGGACUGGUCGGACAAGUUACGCACCGUCACCCUCGUCUUUAGGGCGACGCCUGCGGUCCCGGGAGCUCAAGGAGAGCCGCCGACCAUCCCCUGCGACUACGAGACGUCGCAGGAAGACGGGUGGGACGAGACUCCGGCGCGGGUGUACGGCGAGCCGCCGUUCGAGCGGUUCACGUGGCUGAUCCACGACCUGCCCAACGAGCUCCGCCGUCCAGGCGUGAAGGUGACCGUCGUCGGCCUCGAACUUGUCCCCAAGACGUGGUGGAGCGGAUGGGCGCGUGAGAACGAAGACACGCACUGGGACGUGGACAUGGAGGUGGAGGUGCGCGAGGACGUGUUCCGCCUGCUCGUGGAGCUGCGUGACAGCGCCCCCAACGACUGGGCCACCGAGAGCCUCGAGCCCAUCGAGCUCCUCGAUCGCCUCACGUUCAAGACGCUGGCCAAGUUCGAGGGCGAGACGGAUGCCGAGCAGUUCAGCCUCCUCACGGUGCGCCCGACGGUUGGCAACGCGUCCGUGGGUCUUAUCCACUACUGA